AUGCCUCUUCGGGCCCACCUCAAAUACCCACCUACGCAUAUGGAAGCUGCCCGUUUGUCGACAUCAUUAUCGUCCCUGGCGCAAACCCUGCAGAGAAGCCAAAAGUUCGUCAAGUUCAUACAGACUCGUUACGCAGACCCGAGGCUCAAAGCUAUCCUCAUGAUCUGCACCGGCUCGAUGUGCCUCGCACGUACUCGCAUCCUUGACGGUCACCAGGUCUGUAGCAACAAGUUCGUCUUGCGCAUGGCGGCCAAUGGAAAGACGCUCUACAACAAAAUCAAGUGGAUUGGAGAUAGGCGAUGGGUUAUAGAACUGUGGAGCGUGGGAGGUGUGACAUGCGGAAUAGACCUGGCUGCUGAGUAUGCCAGGCAGCAUUUUAACCCAGAGAUUGUUCGAGCUGCGAUACAUUGCAUCAACACGCAUGCCGACCACUUCAAUCUUCGUAGGUUGUAA